GAGAGGGUAUAAGAGACAACUAAAGCAUGAGCAAGCGAGUCGAGACAGUCUGUGCACAACCAUCGAUCGGUACUCAUCUUUUAGUCGGUUUUCGCUCUCUUUCUGUCUUUUUCUAUUCCCUCCAUUGAAAUCCUCAUAUUUUUCAUCGAUUUACGCUCUGCAGUAAAACUGUGCAACGCGGUCCCAGAGGUUUAAAUUACUAAUAUAUUGAAGUUGCAGAUACCAGUAAAUUUUAACAGUGUGUUCAGUUGUGUCGGUGUAUUUAUUUAUUGUGAAUUAUUCACAUUGGAAUCUUGUAGUUUUUAUUAUUGUUCUUCUUUUCAACAAAUCAUGUAUCAUUGUAUUAUUUUCUAUUGAACAAAAUGCAUUCAAUUAAUAUCAUUUUUGGCUUAUAAUCCAUAACGAUCGAAAGAUAAUGUUUAAACGGUUGCAAGCGAAAUCACGACGUCAUAGUGCCGAUGAAGGAAAUAUUUCACAGUCAAUAUGGAGUGAACCACUAGGAAUUUUUUUAUUGAACAAAAAAUGUCUAGAUGUGCAAGAUGAUGUACUUAGUCAACGUGUUAUACAGGAUGCGAAGUUUAAACAUUAUCGGAAAAGUGUUGGUAAUGAAGCAGCAACACAUACGAUGCUUCCACCAACUACUGACUAUGAGUUCAGUCAUCCUCAUCAAACUGAAACUGAUUAUCAAACAGUUACAGCAGUACCAGCGUUUAUAGUGGAGCAUGAAUCAGAGAAACGCAAGGGAAUAAGUGUGUGGAGUCGAAGAAUGAGUAAGAAGAUUGAAUCUUUUCGCAGAAUUGGCUCUAGAGAAUCGUUGUAUGGUUCAAAGAAAAAAGAUUCUGAUUGCAAUAGUGUAAAUUUAAAUAUUGAUAAUGAUCAUAGCAAUAAUGACAGUAAUAAUAAUAAAAACAAUGAUGAUUUUUUUACUAAUAUAAAUAAUAAUAAUCAAAUGGAUAAAAAUUAUAAUAAUGAUCACAGUAAUUAUGUCAAUGGUAAUACAAAUAAUGCAAGCAUAGAAAAUGAUAAAAUUGACAAAUCAUCAGAUUCAUGGAAAACAUGUUCUAAACCAUUUAUGCGACGAGCACCAUCUCCAUUCAAGUCAUUUUUUGUACGAAUGGGAUCUACCGGGAUGUUAAAUACAUCGAGAAAUCGAAAAUCUCAAAAUAUAGAAGAAAAGUUUAAUUCAUUAGAAAAAGAAAAUCUCUUUAGAAGUUGUAGUACUUCUCAACUCAAUACAAGUUCAACUUACGUUAAAGGAGAUGAUCCAUCUGAAGGGAUUGAUUUACAAAUAACUGACUGCAAAGAUAAAACUGUGUCUUGCGACAAUCUUAUUCAUGAAAAUGAUCAUGAUGAUAAUAAUUUUAGAAAUACACUUCUUAAUUUAUCAAUAUCUAAUCACUCAUCUGUAGAAUUUUCUAAUAAUGAUCAUUUUAAUAACAAAACAAAUGAUGUUUUACGUAAAUCUACUAGUUGUGAUUUUAAAGAUUCUAAAAGAUCAAGUUUCCCAUAUGCAUUUCUUCGUUCAAAGUUAUCGGUUUUACCAGAAGAACGACAUAAUCUAACAUUUACCAAAGCUAAUGGAAUUUUUAAAACGACAUCUGAAGAACAUUUGUCUAUUAACCAUGAUAAAACUUCUUUAGAUGGAUUUUCAACUCUUGAUAAGAGACGUAAAAAAAUAAAUAAUGUUCGUAAUCAUCAAAUGGAACAAGUAAUACAAUAUAAUUGUAGUUCUAUUCAAUCGGAAAAAAAUGAUACUGCUGUGCAGCAACAAGAACACCAAUAUCAUAGUUUUGUAGAUAAUAAUAAAAAGUACAAUUCUGGAUUGAUAAAUCCUGAUUUAGUAUUAAAAAAAAAUCAUCGACGAAAUUCAGCACCUUGUGUUGAUCAAAAAUUCUCUUCACAUUAUAUAAGUUCAAAUGAAUCGGGUUAUGACAGUGAUGGUCCAGGAAGAGGUGAAGCCAUUGUCAAUUUUGAUCAUGAAUUUAUUGGUGCUACUGCGGACUCUAGUAAUUUUCUUGAUUUAGAAAAUGAUAAAUCCAUUAAAAGUUCGAAAUACGGUGAAUUUAAAAAUGUACUUUAUCCUUCUGGAGAUUCAUCAGCUGAAUUAAUGUCCAACCAUGAAGACUCAGAAGUGACUGAUAAUAUUCAUAGUUUAACUUGGCAUCAAAGUAGAUCUGGUAGAUUUUUACCCAGUAUUCAUCAAAGUUCAUGUAUCAAUUUAACUAAUACAUGCUUCUCAUUUCGUACAGAAAAUUCUCAAGCAGCACAGAAUGACUCACAACUAUCAGUUGUUGCACCUCAUCGAUUUCGACUCCAGCAAGAUAAAGCUAGAUUUUUAAGCAAUAUUAUUCAAUCUGCGAAAAAAGUUAAAAGACGUCGAAUUAUAGAAUUAAAUAGAAAUAAUAGUAGAGAAAAUCUUGGAAUUCAUUUGGCUCAACAAAAUUAUGAAGAAUUAAAAUAUAUUAUAGUACAAUUGGACCACGAUGGAAUUGCUCAUCGAGAUGGGAGACUGAGACUUGGUGAUGAAAUAAUAGAAGUUGAGGGGAAGGAAUUAAAAUCCUUGCAGAACCUUAAUGAAGUACAAAAAUUUCUCAAAUCUUUCACCGGACAUAAGCUUCAUUUAACAGCAGCUUAUGAAGAAAUCGUUCCUCAAAAUUAUACUGACGUUAUUUUUACUGAUGAAAAUUCGAGUAAUCAAUUCCACAGUUCUUAUUCUGAUAGCCAAAAACAAUGGAAUUCAAUGGAACGAAAAACACCAGAAUUGUGUAAAAAUAUUGAUUGCUCUCGAAAUUCGUUGAAUUGUUCAUCAUCAGUAUGUAGUGGAAAAAGUAUGCAAAGUAUUAAUAAUUGUACUUCGAACCUUGAAAACUUUUCAAUAACGAGGCAUACAGCUAUAUUUGAAAAAGGAAUCGGUAAACCUAGUUUAGGAUUCAGUGUCGUAGGUGGAAAAGAUAGUCCUAGAGGAGAAAUGGGUAUUUUCGUCCGACGAAUAUUUCCCGGUGGACAAGCAGAUACCUCAAAAAUUCUUUUUCAAGGUGACGAAAUUUUAGCAUUAAAUGGCAAACAAUUACGAGGAUGUACACAUCAAGAAGUUAUUGAUUUAUUUAAAUCGGUUAGGGAAGGAGUAGUAUCGUUAGAAGUUGCGAGAAAACAUAGAUAUUUGAAGAAUAUAAAAAAAUAACAUGAGAUAAUAGGUUUGUAAUUGAUUAAAGCUUAUUCAUGAGAUCAAUAGUAAUUUAUAAAUAAAAUGGUGCUAUUAAAAUCAACUAUCAACAUAAACUAAAUAAAAAGUCAUAAUUCAACUAUUUAAAAUAUCUCAAUUGCGCAUUAGUAUUAUCUCUUAAUGAAAAACUUUUUAAACAGCUUGUGUAUAUUAAAUUAAUGAAAAUAAUUUUUUAAAUAUUAAUUGUAUCAAACA